AUGGCUCUGACGUCAAUGUACGUCAACGAGAGAAUAUGAUGCCUCCUGCAAGUCAACUCGUGUACUUUAGUUAAUAGAGAUAGCUAGCUGAAAUAUUAUAGCCUUAUUGUUUUGGAGAACGUGGCGUGACAGCCCGUGUCACUCGUAAAUGUCAUCUGUCGUCUCGUUGGUCUGAAGGGUUGUUAACGUUCAAACUGGCAGGGCGACCGAGAAUUGUACUUUGUCUAUUUUGAAUAGACACAUUUUAGCGGGCGGUUUGUUUUGCCUUCCUCGAUAUCUGUAGGCUAAAGUUGCGAGCCCUUACCUCCUCACCCCAAACCACAUUUAAUACAGCAUGGUCAUGGCUGACAAUCACCAAAAACCGAUGUUCCGGGGUCCUGUCCGAGUGGGCUUCUACGAUAUCGAACGUACUCUGGGAAAGGGUAAUUUCGCCGUUGUAAAGCUGGCUAGACAUCGCAUUACCAAGACCGAGGUUGCCAUUAAAAUAAUAGACAAGAGCCAACUAGAUGCUGUGAACCUGGAGAAGAUCUACCGGGAGGUACAGAUCAUGAAAAUGUUGGACCACCCGCACAUCAUCAAGUUGUACCAGGUAAUGGAGACCAAGAACAUGCUCUAUUUGGUGACGGAGUUUGCCAAGAACGGGGAGAUUUUCGACUACCUGGCCAAACACGGGCGACUGAGCGAGCUAGAAGCGCGGCGCAAGUUCUGGCAGAUCCUAUCAGCGGUGGAGUACUGCCACAACCGUAACAUAGUCCACCGAGACCUGAAGGCUGAGAACCUGCUGCUGGACGGACACAUGAACAUCAAGAUAGCAGAUUUUGGCUUUGGGAACUUCUUCCAGCCCGGGGAGCCCCUGGCCACGUGGUGUGGCAGCCCCCCCUACGCCGCUCCGGAGGUGUUUGAGGGACAACAGUACGAGGGCCCCCAGCUGGACAUCUGGAGUAUGGGGGUGGUGCUGUACGUGCUGGUGUGUGGCGCCCUGCCCUUCGAUGGCCCCACCCUGCCCGUUCUCCGACAGCGCGUCUUGGAGGGUCGCUUCCGCAUCCCCUACUUCAUGACAGAAGACUGCGAGCACCUGAUCCGGCGGAUGCUGGUGCUGGACCCGUCCAAGCGUCUGUCGGUGGCUCAGAUCAAGGAGCACAAGUGGAUGGCACUGGACGUGCCUGUGCAGAGGCCCAUGCUGUACCAACAGGAGGGGGACCUGAGCGUGGGCGAGUACAGCGAGCAGGUUCUGCGACUCAUGCACAGCCUGGGCAUCGACCAACACAAGACCAUUGAGUCUCUCCAGAACAAGAGUUACAACCACUUUGCUGCUAUCUACUACCUGCUGGUGGAGCGUCUCAAUGCCCACCGCUGCAGUUUCCCUGUGGAGCAGCGGCUUGACGUACGCCAGCGCCGGCCCAGCACCAUCGCCGAGCAGACGGUCGUCAAGCCGAGCGAGCCGAGCGGUGGCUCCCCCCAGGUGGGUCUCCUGCCCCAUGGGGUGCGGGGUCUACUACGCUCCCCAGCGCUGUCCCAAGCCUCUGUCGAUGCCUUUAACUUCCCACAGUCGCCGCUGCUGCCCGAGCACAGCUUCAUGGUCGAGGAUGUGGCCACUCCUAAAGUGAACGGCUGCAUGCUGGACCCCCUGCCCCCCACAGUGCUGCGCAAGUCCAGCGUGUCGUCACCCAGUAACAUGAUGGAGACGUCCAUCGACGAGGGCAUAGAGACGGAGGAGCCCGAUGCCGAGGACGACCCCGCCCACUUCUUCUCCGCCUUCCAGACGGCCCGCUUCGGCCAGCGCCGACACACCCUGUCCGAGGUUACUAAUGAGCUGGGCCCCGUCAUCAACCAAGAUAAACUGUUCACCAUGGGCCACAACCCGUCCCUGGGCAGUGUGGACUCUGACAUGGGCUACGACAUGGGCUCCUUGCACAGUGACCUGGGUCUGCUGGAGGACGCCCCCUCUCUCAGCGAGGUGGUCCUGGCCAACACCCACAGCUCGGGGUCCCACGUGACCCAGGGCCCCUUCAUAAGCCAGCGGCCCCCCAACCCCACCAUGCAGGCCCUGAGCUCCCAGAGGAGGGAGGCCCACAACCGCUCUCCCAUCAGCUUCAGGGAGGGCCGCCGCGCCUCUGACACCUCCCUCACACAAGGUCUGGUUGCGUUCCGGCAGCAUCUCCAGAACCUGGCACGGACCAAAGGCAUCCUGGAGCUGAACAAACAGAUGUACGAGCAGAUGGGCUCCGGGGAGGACCCGUCCUCCAUGAGGACCCUGGGGCCCCAUGCAAACCUGGAGAACCUGCUGGACCCUAUGCUGCAGGGCGAGGUAUCUAAGCACGAGGAUAACUUAGCUUUAUACCAUGGUGGUGCCCAGCCUCUACUGUCCCGAAGACAGAGCCUGGAGACACAAUAUCUCGCACACAGACUACAGAAAGCUAGUGUUAUGGCUAAUGUGAGUCCUGCUAGCUGCCAGCUCUUCUGUAAGGAGAAUCCUUGGAGUCUAGAGCAACAGCUGCAGGAGCAUAGGUUGCACCAGAAGAGGAUGUACCUCCAGAAGCAGACCCACCUCCAAGCCUACUUCAACCAGAUGCAGAUAGUGGAAGGUUCCUAUCCUGGGGACCACGGGGCCCCUCCACAGCAGCAGGGGGCCAUGGCUGGGGCCCACCAGCAGCAGGGCAGCUCCCAGGCCUCCCCUCCCUACACCCAGGCCCUCAGCCCCUUCAUUGAGCCCAGUGCCAACCUGGUCUACGACCACUACCUGGCCCAGCACUACCCCCACCCUCACUCCCACCUCAGCCCAGUAUUAAUGCCCCCUGCCCUGGCCGGCCAGCUGCAGAACCAGCACACCGAGGCCCUGGGAUACAGCUACCAGCUGUGUGACCAGCAGGGCCAGUUCCACUCCCCGCAAGAGGCACUUUAUCCAGAGCAAUACGAGUUCCACCUGGACCCCGGGCAGCCGCACCGGCCUGGCCUAGGAGAGGCCCCUGUUGCCGGGUACGAGGGGCUGGCGUUACCCACCGAGCUUCAGGACUCCUUUCUGGACAGCGAGAUGAUGGAGACUGUAGACUCGCAGCACGGCUUCCUACUGGUGAACUGAAGCCGGUAGAACUGUGGGGAGAAAGCAGUAUUACCGACAGUUGAAAACCUACACAGCAUUAUGUUGUAGAUGUCAUGGAGUGGAGUUGGGGGUCAAGGUACAGGGGAAGUGUUUUUUUGUAUCAAUGAAUACUAUUUUUUUUUUAGUUGUGGUGAACCAACCUCAGAACCUUUCUACCAAAAUCCUCCCCAUCUCCCUUCUUCCCACUUCUCUGUUCCCAUCAGCCCUAUGCUAGGAUCCAGGCCUGGGUGAUGGGGGCGUGCCAGCAUGGUUGGCUGGCUGGGUAUGUGUGGAUGGAUGUUGCCAUGAUGGGGGGUGUCACGUGUGAAGUGAUAUCGCUCCACAGGAACACAACUGCCUCAAAGCUGACUGCAGCCGRAGCGGCCUCGUCGAGAACAAGUGCUGGACGAUGCAAGAAAACUUAGCACAGUUUGGUCGUUUUUGGAAGACGUGCACAACGGAACUUGGCUUACCGAAAGCACAAACCAAACGACAAAGAUGCUAUUUUGUAUUGAAAUAGGACAAGAACUCUCAAAAACACGUUGGGUGUUUUGAAGUAGUAAAAAUAAUAAUAAACGAACAAGAGACUAAGUAAUUAAUUAAUGCGCACUUGAUAAGUGCAGUGUUAGUCAAUAUUUUAUCGUGGCAAUAUUGAAGCAACAGGCUUUUUCCUCACCAGAAAGUCGUACUUUAAUGUGUGAUGUUUUUGGGGAGAAUUCCAGUAUGAUGACUCACAGCCAACAUAUCCACAGUGACCGCUCAUCACUGCACUAGACCGUGAUGAUAUAAUCAGGAGAUAAUCCCCCCACUAAUACCAUCGCAGCAGAUAAAAGGGAAGAAGGGAAAAUAAUAUUGUAUAAAUCGGUUAGAUAUUUCCAACAAACUACACAUCGGAUUGUGAGGCCCUUUGCUUCACGAGGAGCUAAAAGGAAUACAGUGCCUUGCAAAAGUGUUUUUCCUAUUUUGUUGCAUUACAACCUGUAAUUUAAAUUGAUUUUUA